AUGAUUUUUUUAGCAGGAGAUUUUCGUCAAACAUUGCCGGUGAUUCCACGAUCAACGCCAGCUGAUGAACUAAAUGCAUGUCUAAAGUCCUCCAGUUUGUGGAAACAUGUCAAAGUACUUCAUUUAGGCAAGAAUAUGCGUGUCGAGUUGCAAAAUGACCAAUCUGGAAACAUAUUCUCUAAACAACUCAUUGACAUUGGUAAUGGCACAUUUCCUAUAGACAUGUCGACUGGCUGCAUUAACUUUCCUCAAAGUUUUUGUCAGUUAACUCGAUCAAAAGAUGAACUUAUUCAGAAGGUGUUUCCAGAUGUUUCUCAAAAUUACAGAAACCAUGAUUGGUUGAGCGAACGAGCUAUACUGGCUGCAAAAAACAUAGAUGUAAAUGAAUUAAAUUUCAAAAUUCAAGAACAAAUUACAGGCGAAUUGAGGAUAUAUAAAUCAGUUGAUUCGGCUACUAAUCAAGAUGAUGUAGUCAACUAUCCACCGGAAUUUUUAAACUCGCUGGAUUUGCCAGGAUUGCCCCCUCACAAUCUUCAAUUAAAGGUUGGAUCGGUGGUUAUAAUGUUGCGAAAUAUCAACCAACCGCGUCUUUGCAACGGUACACGGUUAGCGAUAAAAAAAUUACUAAACAAUGUGAUAGAAGCAACUAUACUCAAAGGAAAGUAUAAAGGAGAAGAUGUUCUCAUACCGCGCAUCCCAAUGAUUCCGACUGAUGUGCCAUUUGAGUUUAAACGACUACAGUUUCCGGUGCGUCUUGCUUUUGCUAUGACUAUAAACAAGUCCCAGGGGCAAUCAUUAAGUGUUUGUGGUAUUAAUCUAGAAAACCCAUGUUUCUCACAUGGUCAAUUGUAUGUUGCCUGUUCCCGUGUUGGAAAACCAUCAGAUUUGUUUAUCUAUGCGCCUACGAAAAUGCCAAAAAACCAACUACUACACGGGCAACGCCGUGCCGGGACAGCUAGUAUUUAA